AAAGUCUAUAUAUACAUACAGUUGCAGAGGAGAGUUACGAUGUUGUGAGCGAGAAGUCAAACGUAGUAAUUACACUCACCAAACCGUGCAUGUUGGCCCUGUCUAUUGUAGCUGCCACGUUUGAACACCGGCCUUGUGCUUCUGCUUCCUGACAACAGCAAUGAAUGCCGCUUCGAAAUCAUGACUUCUUUCAUCACUUUAAGUGCUCCGUUUCGGUCUAUCUGCGUUUUGUGCUAAAAUUUAUUAUUGGAAUUGAAAUGGCUCAUUCCUUGUCCCCUGCCUGCUUGUUUCUGGUAAUCUUGUGUUUGUGUAAUCUGUCCGGCGGCGGCGGAGUGGGGUUUGAUCCGCCGGCGGCGGAGGUUUUGAAGGUUUCUGCGGCGGAUUUCGUGGGGUCUUUGAAGACCACCAUCGACGUUGUCCAGCAGGUCACGUCUGUGGUGGCAAAAGUUGGCAAUGUUUUUGGUGAUUUUAGGCUUUCUAAUGCCGUCUCUGACUGCCUUGAUUUGCUUGACCUCUCUGCCGAUGAACUCUCCUCCACCCUCUCUGCAUCUCAGAAUCCUAAUGGUAAAAGGAAGAAUAGCACGGGCAAUCUGAGUGCUGAUUUAAGGGCGUGGUUGAGCGGGGCGAUGAUCAAUCAAGACACCUGCAUUGAAGGCUUCGACGGCACCGAUGGUCUGGUCAAGAAUUUGGUCGCCGGAAGCCUAAACCAGAUAGCUUCCUCCAUCCGCGACGUUCUAGCCAUGGUACGCCCGCCGAUUCCCGGCCCCAAGUUUCAAGGCAGGAAGCUUAGAGAAUUCCCUUCCUGGCUAAAAUCUGGUGACCGGAGACUUCUACAGUCCAAUGUGGUGGUGGCGGAUGCUGUGGUGGCGCUUGACGGCACCGGGAAUUUCACCUCCAUCAAACACGCCAUCUCCGCCGCCCCCGAACUCAGCUCCCGCCGCUACGUCAUAUAUGUCAAGAAGGGAGUGUACAGAGAAUAUGUAGAGAUUGGUAAGAAGAAAUGGAACAUAGUCCUCAUCGGAGAUGGCAUGGAUGUCACCGUCAUUUCCGGCAACCGGAGCUACGUCGACGGCUGGACCACCUAUAAAUCUGCAACUUUCGCUGUGAAAGGCCAAGGGUUCAUAGCACGCGACGUGACAUUUGAGAACACGGCGGGGCCGGAAAAACACCAGGCGGUGGCAUUCCGGUCAGAUUCCGAUUUGUCGGUGCUAUUCCGGUGUGCAAUAAGGGGCUACCAAGACACGCUCUACGCGCACUCCAUGCGACAGUUCUACCGGGAGUGCAAGAUCACCGGCACGGUAGACUUCAUCUUCGGCGACAGCACGGCGGUGUUCCAGAACUGCGAAAUCUCAGCCAGAAAGGGCCUCCCCAAUCAAAAGAACACAAUCACCGCGCACGGCCGGAAAGACCCGGCGGAACCCACCGGAUUCUCCAUCCAAUUCUGUAACAUCACGGCGGAGCCGGAGUUGCUGGCUGCCGGAAACUCCACCUCCUCGUACCUCGGCCGCCCGUGGAAGCUUUAUUCACGCACGGUUUUCAUGCAAUCGUACAUUAGCCGCGCGAUCCGGCCCGAAGGGUGGCUGGAAUGGGAUGGGGAUUAUGCAUUGGGCUCGCUGUUUUAUGGGGAAUUUUCAAACUACGGGCCCGGUGCGGGUUUGGGCAACCGAGUGAAGUGGCCCGGUUACCACCUUAUGAAUGAAUCGGCCCAGGCCCAUAAUUUCACGGUGGCCGAGUUCAUUUUGGGCAACUCGUGGUUGCCCUCGACCGGUGUGAAAUACGCGGCCGGUUUAACGGUUUAAGUACGGUUCAUCUGCCACUGUCCAUUUUAUUCAUUUAUGGUAUUUAAAUUUUAAAUUCUUGGUUA